CGGAUCAGUCACCCUUAUUUGUCCGAUUCGAAAACAACGGUGGUUCUCCGGUUAUUUGAAUAAGUGAAGAUAGUGAUUACGGUGAGGCUCAACAAACUAAAUACGAUAUUACCGAUCCCCUUUACGUUGGAGGACAGUUAACAUGGAGGAAGUAACGAUGGCCGAACCUAGAGAAGCACUGGACAUACAACGUAUCAUUUCGGCAUGCAAAACAGAUGAUUUUGAGUUCUUGCAAAAUUUACAACGAUCUGGAAUAUUCCAAAACUUUGAACCAACCGAGGUUGACGAGGAAUGUCACAAUGCGUUUUACUACGCCAUGCGAUCUGGAAAUGUAGAACUGCUUAAAACAUUAAUUGACAAGUGGCCGGGCCAUAAUUUUAACGGACCGGAGCAUGCACAACUGCUGGACGAUCUACUUUCGGAUGCAUAUGAAGAGUUAAAGUUAAAGAACAUGGUACUCAACAAAAAUGUUGAGAUAUUUGUGGAGGAGAAACUUAUACACCUACGUUUCUAUAUUGAAAAAAUCGACGCUCCACCAGAUGACGCCAAUGAUCGAAUCGAUAUGGUCAUCGAAGAAAUGGAUCUGUUAAUUCAGGAUUAUUCUCCUGACGACGUGGAAGUGGAUGACAAAUUUUUAUUCCUAUGCAGAAUUAUUACGCAAAAUCUUCACGUCCUGAAAGGACGGCUUAAGUCAACGUACAACAUGCUGCCUUGGGAAGAGAUGGAAUUUUGUUUGGUCGCCUUUGUGUCGUCUCAUAUCAAACAACAAGAAAUCAACUUUUUCUACAAUGCGGUGCUAGACAAAGCUAGGGUAUUGCAGCACAUAACACAUUUCCGACGGGUCAUAGAAAGUCUGAGACCAUUCGCAAAUCCCUCGAAAUGUGCAAAGAGAACUCGUCGAAGUCGCGCUGAAAACAUCCAAGAUAUUCUGGCCAGAAAUAAGGACUUUGAAGGGUUGUAUUCUGAUUACGGUCAACUGAAAGAUAUUUACUCGUUGGAGCGAAUUAAGUAUUAUAUCGAACUAGCCCUAACCGAGGUAGUGGACAAUAACUUGCACUGUAUAGCUGCCGAGAGAGCACUGCAGGUCAUGGGAGAAUACUUGAAAAAUACUCCGGAAUCCCCGCAUCUAUCGGAAAUAGUCUCAAAGCUGUCGAUCUGCAAGGACCAUUACAAGAUAUUUUGAACAAUUUAUCUGCAUGGUCCAACCAGCUAGGCAUCGAAAUUUCCACGGAUAAAAGUGAGCUAUUCGUAUUUCCAACCAGCGCAACU